AGGCGGUUGCAACGUGCAACCCCCUCUAAACACUUGUUUUAAAAUGGCCUCAGCAAGAGAGGCUAAAACAAACAAGUGAGACAACAUUGAAGCUGCAACAAAGCAUAAAAUGACCUCUAAUCCAGUAAUACUCCAGAGUCAGAACUUGACCAAGUAUAUACUGGAGACCAGCGUUUACCCACGAGAAGCAGAAGUUCUCAAAGAGCUAAGGAAUGCCACUGCUAGCCACCCUUGGGGCUUCAUGGGUGCUGCACCUGAUGCGGGUCAAUUAAUGGCCUUACUCUUGAAGCUAUUGAAUGCUAAAAAGACAAUUGAAGUGGGAGUUUUUACUGGAUACUCUCUUCUCUGCACCGCACUUGCCAUUCCCGAUGAUGGAAAGAUUAUAGCCUUGGAUCCAGACAGAGAAGCUUAUGAGAUAGGACUACCAUUCAUCAAAAAGGCCGGUGUAGAACACAAGAUUGACUUUGUAGAGUCUCCAGCUUUACCGGUUCUUGAUAAACUCUUAGAAGAUCCAUCAAAUAAGGGAACUUUUGACUUUGCCUUCGUUGAUGCUGACAAAGGAAACUAUUGGAAUUACCACGAGCGGCUUCUUGAACUGGUCAAAAUUGGUGGGUUAAUUAUCUAUGAUAAUACCCUCUGGGGUGGAACCGUUGCCUGGGCUGAAGAGGAUGUUCCACAACCCAAACGAAGAAUAAGGCAGGAUGCACUAGCUUUCAACAAAGCAAUUGCAGAUGAUUCUCGUGUUGAAAUUUCUCUUGCUUCAAUAGGCGAUGGGCUCACUAUUUGCCGCCGUGCUCAUUGAUCCUUUUAUAACAAUAUUGCAUUGUGAUUGAAGUUUCAUCCGCUAAGUUUCGUUAUUUGUUUUUGGAGCUAAAUUUACGUACUAAGUUAUCUGUGGCAGAACGCGUUCAAGUGAAUAAAGGUAACGAUGGUUACAUACACAUCGUUCCCACUGACGUGUCGGAUAAAGUUUGAUUUGCCUCCAAUUCUGUAGAGCCUAUGGUGUGACUCUAAUGUGGAACUGUGGGGACUAUCGCUAUUUACAAUUCAUAAAUAAAAUAAAAUGUAAUGUGUCUAUAAUGGACUAUUGCGCUGCUACC